AUGCCACGGCCCGCCCGCACCAAAGGCGUGUCAGGGCGCCUGGCCGCCAGGCACGCCGCCUCGACCUCCGAGUCCGAAUCCCUACCUGCGCCCGCUCCCCAAGCAGCAAAGGACGUAGAUGCUCCCAGCAGCGACAUCUACGGCGUCAGCGAUCGCGAGCUCGAGAGGCGCAGGUCCACGCGCAGAUCCUCCCGCGCCGCUGCGUCAACCACGACGACUACCCAGCAACAAGCCGGCGCUCUAGAGGGCGCCAAGCGCAGACGCGACGAGGCCAUGGACAGGCUCGGCGACAUCACUUCCACGACCAGUGCGGACGACGCGGCCGGCCACACGUCAGACAAGGCUGCGAGCCCCGCGGUCGAGGUCGGGCGCAGGGAGCAGUCGGUGGCUUCGGCGGCCAGGACGACGCGCCGCAGGAUACCCGACGCCUCGGGCCUGGACGUCCUGGACGACGACGAGAUGUUUGGUGAUAUGGACACCAGCUUCGACGAGCAGGACCUCGACUCCCCCGGCGGCGCCGACGCGCACAAGUCGCACAACUCUACAAACAACACGUCUUCCUUCAACGUCGCCCUGUUCAAGCGCGGCCGCCCCCGCACGUCCAGCAUCGUCGGCAGGGACGACGGUCCCAUCCGGCCGAGCAGCCGCGGCCCCAACACGCCGAGUAUCAGCUCGACGCUCAACCUGGGCAUCUUCAAGAGACGAGCGCGGGAGCCGAGCAUCCUCGGUACGGCGCGGAAGCAACGCGCUCGGAGUCAGAGCGUCACCUCUGCGGCUCAGAGCUCAGCUGCCCAGAGCGAGGACGAGGGUGCCUUUGCCCCCGAUGACGCGGGCACGCCUCUGGACCGGUCCCGGAUGCGCACCUCUGCCUCCGUGGCAAGGAGCGAUGUGGACAUGCCCUCGUCGCCUGCGGUCAGGUCUCGCAAGAGAAAGUCGACAGAGAGCCACGCGAGUUCUUCGAAAAGAAGAGCGGCUGAGUCGGAGGACGGUGAGGAUGAUGACAUUCGCGACUCUAUCGAACUGUCAAGCCCUCCGCCUUCAGAUCAGAUCGUCGAGCCACAGGCCGCUCCCGAAAUCGACGACAGCAUAAUGGCACCGCCCGCCAGCAGCGACUCUGAGGCCGACAGUCCGUCUCUGUGGCCGUCGCUCAAGUCGCUGGCCAAGGGAUACAAGGUCAGGAGACCUCCCUCCCGGACACAGAGGACACCCGCUCCGGAAGACGACAAUGCCUCGGAUAUCUCUUCCCCGCCGUCGCUGACGCACUCCCCCAAUUACGCCCACGCUAGGAGGAACCCGAGAGCUGCCGCUAGGGGCAGGCACGCCUCGGACAGGCGGGAGCCCUCGCCCGUCACCACGGCCGACCUGGCGGCCAUGCUGCCGCGCCGGAAUAGGAGACUGAGAGGCGAAGAGGACGACGCCUGGGACUUGGACUCGGACUCCGAGGCCGGCGAUGCCGCCGUCGCCGCCCCGGCCCACGACGACGACGAGCUGUCCUACAUGGACGCUCGGCGGGCGAGGCAGCACCACCACCACCAACAGCAGAAGAAGCAGGUCCGGCCGCUGGGCCCCUCGGCGUCCGGUGCGGGCCAGUCACACGCCGCCAAGACCGGCCGGCCCGCGAGGCGCAAGUACGGCUCGGCGUGCAACGCCUCUGACAAGGAGAACAACGGCGACGGCGCCGACGCCGACGCCGACGCCGACGACUCGAUCGAGGUGGCGGCCGCGAGCCCGCUGCCCGACGACACCUUUGACAGCCCCGAGGACGCGGACGAGACGACGCAGGCCGAGCUGGCCGAGGAGCUGGUCAGGGCGGCCAGGAAGUUCAAGGAGGUGGACAAGUGGGAGCUCGACUUUGAGGAGGUCACCGAGGUCGAGGUCUCGUCGCCGAGCAACGCCCGCUAG